GGGUCCUAUCUGUCCCUCCCCUGCACCCCCUGGCCUCCAGGUUGGGUUCUCUUCCUGCUGCCACCCCCCCAACUCCCUGGCUCCCCCUACAGGCAGGGCUCUGGGGAUGGGCAGCAAAGCUGGUGCGGCAGGUCUCAUGAGCCUUCCCAGCCACCGUAGGCCGGGUGCCCUGCGAGAAGACUGAGUGAUGGCUUCCAACUCCAGCGAUGUGAAAGAGUUCUUAGCCAAAGCCAAAGAAGAUUUUCUUAAAAAAUGGGAAAGUCCUGCUCAGAAUACAGCCCAUUUGGAUCAGUUUGAACGAAUCAAGACUCUCGGCACAGGCUCCUUUGGGCGGGUGAUGCUGGUGAAGCACAAGGAGACCGGGAACCACUAUGCCAUGAAAAUCCUCGACAAACAGAAGGUGGUGAAGCUGAAACAGAUCGAGCACACCCUGAAUGAAAAGCGCAUCCUGCAAGCAGUCAACUUCCCGUUCCUCGUCAAACUUGAGUUCUCCUUCAAGGACAACUCAAACUUAUACAUGGUCAUGGAGUAUGUGCCUGGCGGGGAGAUGUUCUCGCACCUACGGCGGAUCGGAAGGUUCAGUGAGCCCCAUGCCCGUUUCUACGCGGCCCAGAUCGUCCUGACGUUCGAGUACCUGCACUCGCUUGAUCUGAUCUACCGGGACCUGAAGCCGGAGAACCUCCUCAUUGACCAGCAGGGCUACAUUCAGGUGACAGACUUCGGUUUUGCCAAGCGUGUGAAGGGCCGCACCUGGACCUUGUGUGGGACCCCUGAGUACCUGGCCCCCGAGAUUAUCCUGAGCAAAGGCUACAACAAGGCUGUGGACUGGUGGGCCCUGGGUGUUCUCAUCUAUGAGAUGGCUGCUGGCUACCCACCCUUCUUUGCUGACCAGCCCAUCCAGAUCUACGAGAAGAUCGUCUCUGGGAAGGUGCGGUUCCCGUCCCACUUCAGCUCUGACUUGAAGGACCUGCUGCGGAACCUUCUACAGGUGGAUCUCACCAAGCGCUUCGGGAACCUCAAGAAUGGGGUCAACGAUAUCAAGAACCACAAGUGGUUUGCCACAACUGACUGGAUUGCCAUCUACCAGAGGAAGGUGGAAGCUCCCUUCAUACCAAAGUUUAAAGGCCCUGGGGACACAAGUAACUUUGACGACUAUGAGGAGGAAGAGAUCCGGGUCUCCAUCAAUGAGAAGUGUGGCAAGGAGUUUUCUGAGUUUUAGGGGUGUGCCUGUGCCCCCAUGGGUUUUCUUUUCUUUUCUUUUUUGGUGGGGGGGAGGGUUGGAUUGAACAGCCAGAGGGCCCCAGAGUUCCUUGCAUCUAAUUUCACCCCCACUCCACCCUCCAGGAUAGGAGGAGCAGGAAGCCCAGAUAUUUGGAGGGACAGAAACACCAGCUGCUCCCCCUCAUCCCCUUCACCCUCCUGCCCCUUCUCCACUUUUCCUUUCCUCCUCCCCCAUGACUCCCCUGCCCCAGCCCACUUCUGCCUCUUUUAAACAAGUUUCUCAGCUCCAGUCAUACCAGGUCUUACUGGUGUAUCCAGGGACAGGGUGUGGAAAGAGGGGCCCAAACUUAACUCCAGCCCCCACCCCCACCAAACCACAGGCACCGCUCACUAAGGGCGAAUGAAUGAAAAGCCAGCCUUCCCUUCAGAGCAAUCCUGCCUGGGAAGGAGAGAUUUUAGUGACAUGUUCAGCAGGCUGCUUGCUAGAAUUUUUUAAAAAACAAUUUAAAAUCUUAUUUAAGUUCCACCAGUGCCUCCCUCCCUCUUUCCUCCUCUCCCACCCCUGUCAUGUACCCCCACUCCCCAAAUCCAUUUUAACAAGGCUGGGAAGCAGACUGACUUUGUAAAGGAAGGAGCUGGAGUUUGAACCUACUGCCCUGAGCUGCUAAUCUCCCCUGCCCCCCUCCAGGGGGCGUCCUCUGCCAAUCCUGCAACGGUCUCAGCCCCUUUAGGAAGCCCCUUCUCUCUUCUUCCCCCAACAGACCUUUCUUCAUCCUUGGGCUUUGGGAGCCAGACAAAACAGCUGCCCCUCUCCCUGCCAAAGAGGAGUCAUCCCCCCUCGCCCCCGCAAAAGAUAGAGCGGGAGCCCCAAGCCCAGGGUCUUUCUUCCCAGCAGCAUUCCUCCAAACUCCUUAAUUUUAUUCUCAGCUAGAUUUUAAUGCCCAGCCUCCUCUCAGCUCAGUUGGGAAGGCAACCCUGCAAAAGGACAGGGAAGAGGCAAAGUCACCCCACCCCACCCCACCCCACUGCCCAGGGUUCAAGGCCAGGGUUGCUGGGGAGGGGCUGCCUGUUCUAUUCAUCCAGCAGCUUCCGCGCCCUCCAUCCUGGGCGCCGCCCCCCAGCUUAGCUGUCAGCUGUCCAUCACCUCUUCCCCCGCCUCCUGUCUGAUUUGUGCUUUUUUCUCUUAAUCGAAAAGUGGGGAGCCACCCCAUUCAUCCCGAUAUUUGUCCCUCUCAUAACUUCUCCCCAUCCCAGGAGGAACUCUCAGGCCUGGGGUGGGGCCCCGGGUGGGAGCGGGGGCCAUUCAACCUGUGUGCUGCGAAGAACGAGACUUCCUCUUGAACAGUGUGCUGUUGUAAACAUAUUUGAAAACUAUUACCAAUAAAGUUUUGUUUAAAAAAAAAA